CUGUAUUGAAAACCAUUAAAAUCGCCUUUUUUGCCAACAUGGCGUCAAGAACUGAAUUGAGUUUUAAAAAAAUGUUAAGUAGGUGUGAAACCAUGGCCAAAGACAGGAAUUCUGGAGAAUGGAGGUUUGAAAAGUAUGUUGACACACUGCAAGAAUUACUCAGUGAAAUGAGGAGGUCUCGAGUCAGCCGCCCUCCUCAGGAAAGUUUGGAUGAGUACAGUGAAAAAGUCCAAUACCUGAAGGAGUUAGUGGAUUCUGAGAGAGAGUCUUCAUCCUUGAACCGAAAACCAUUAGAAGACAGAUUGAGUAACUCCAAAUUUUCCCAAGUGCAAGAGCAGGCUCGCAGUUAUCAAAAUGAACGCUAUGAACUCUUAGGACCAAAAAAUUCAGAUUCUGAGUUAAGACACCGAAAACAAGCAGAUGGUGAAGAUGCAGAGACAAUCAUAAGACAUCAAAGGGGGAUGCAUGAAAAACUGACAGAGGAAAUGUUGAAUUUGACUCGUAGUCUUAAACAGAGUGUGAGGGAUUCUGGGAGAAUAGUUCAGGAAGACAAUAAGACUUUAGACACAAGCAUGAAAUUGGCAGAUUCAAAUACAAAGAAACUCAAAGUGGAAAGCGAUCGCCUUGAGCAGCAUACCAAGACUUGCUCAUGGUGGAUCUGGAUCAUGCUGGUGCUCGUCACUCUCACAUUCCUCUUCAUGAUUGUAUUCAUGCGCUUAUUUGGCAAGAAAGCAUCUUGAUGAUCCCGACCUUUAAUCGUGGACUAUGUGCAAUUGUGAUACAUUUUAUGUUUGAGCUGGUGCUUGAUGGUAGUUUUUAAACAUUACAUUGAAUUAACUGUCAUGAUUUUUGUUCAGUUGACAUCUGUGAUAAACCUGUGAACAUUCUGUGAAAAGAUGUUAUAUUUUAUUUAGGGAAAUUGUUUGUAUUUAUUGACCAAGCUUAAAGCUUUGCAUGUACCAAUAACCCAUCUGAGUUUUAUGUUAUUUUUAAAUCAUAAAUCAUGCGCAGAGUUUAAAAUGAUAAAUAUGCCAGACCUGUACUUAGUACAAUAAUUGUUAUUAAUUAUUUCUAUUUUCCAACCCAAUGUUUAUCUAAUGAUUGUCAGUGUUUUCUACUGGUGUGUUAUUUUUAGGCUGAGAUAAUUACAAUUAUUGUACAUGACCUUUGUGUUAAACAUAAUACAAUACUGAUAUGAUUUACAAUUUAUUGUUA